AUGAGCAAUUCGAUUCUUACCUCACAGUCGUUCAGUGAGUUGGAAGGCGUGAGCGAGAAGCUGAAGAGCAACCUCGCGGCGAAUGCUUUUGCCAAGAUGACGCACAUCCAGGCGACAGUUAUCCCAGCGCUCCUGCAGGGCCGCGACGUCAUCGGCGCGGCGCGCACUGGCAGUGGCAAAACCAUCGCGUACCUGGUCCCAAUCGUGAGUCUCCUCUACAACCUGCGCGUGAAGCCCAGUUUCGGAACCGUCGCACUGGUCAUCGCGCCGACUAGAGAGUUGGCGCUGCAGAUAUUUGACGUCGCGAAGCUGCUGACGCAGAACUUCACAUUUCGACUUGGCUGCAUCAUCGGCGGGAACAAGCGCAGCGUCGAACUCGACAAUCUCAAAAAAGGCGUCGUGCUGCUCAUUGCGACGCCAGGUCGGCUGUUGGACCAUUUGGAGCACUCGAAAGGGUUCGAAAUCCAGCAGCUGAAGUUUUUGGUAAUCGAUGAGGCGGACCGUGUAUUCAGCUGCGGGUUCGAAAAAGACCUGAAGCAAAUUCUGGACAAGCUGCCCAAGGAUCGCCAGACUGCGCUGUUCUCCGCGACAAUCACCGAGUCAAUCAGCAAACUGGCGCUCAGCACGAUGCGCAACCCGCUCUUCAUCGACGUCAAGCCCGAACAAGGAAGUUUGGCCUUGCCGCAGUACUACACGGUGUGCUCGGGAUUCGCGAAGCUCGCAACACUAUUCAAAAUUCUGAAGGAAAAGAGCAAAGACUUUUGCGAAAACGAGGCGAAGUCCUCCAUGAAGAUCAUGAUCUUCAUUUCCACGUGCCAGUCUGUGCAAUUCCACGAGAUGCUCUUCCGGCUCUUCGGCAAGCUGCUACCGAUCUUCAGUCUGCACGGGGACAAAAAACAGGCGAAACGCACGGAAAUUUUCCACGCGUUCAGCAAAGCGCGCAACGGCAUCUUGUUUUGCACGAACGUAGCAGCGCGCGGACUAGACAUUCCCGCGGUAAACCUGAUUGUGCAGUACGACCCUCCGGAGCAAAUCGCAAACUACGUGCACCGCAUCGGGCGCACCGCGCGCGGAGUGAACGCGACCGGUACUGCUUUGCUUUUCUUAGCGCCGAACGAAACGCUUUUCGUGCACGAACUGAAACAACUGAGCUACGAACUCACGCACUUGAAGUCCAAGCAAAGCUCGCUGGACAAAAUUGCACAGCAAAUCGUGAAACUGAUCGCGGCCACGCCGGAGCUUACGCAACAGGCCGCGCUGGCAUUCCGCAAGUACAUCUUGGCGUAUCAGAGCCACGAUCAGAAAGAGAUAUUCGACGUCUCGAAAUUAAAUAUAUCCGAAAUUGCCCACAGCUUCGGUCUCUCAGAACCAAUUUUUUCGGUGGCCCGUGCCCACCCAGCGAAAAAUCGAUACGCCAACAUUGCCCCUUUCGACACAAACAGAGUGGUUAUCAACAAAGGCGAUGGCUACAUCAACGCUUCUUGGAUGGAUCCGCUGGCCAACGGGCAUCGCCAAUGGGACGAUUUCAAUGUGCCUAGCAUGAAGCUGAUGCAAGAAUUCAUCGACGAACUGAUGGCUGAACACUCCAAUUUGUUCUACUCUAAUGACGAAGGCAACAUAUUUAUUCACUGUUCGGGCGGCAUUGGCCGAACGGGAACUUUAAUAACAGCGCUUUGCGCGUUCAAGCUGAAAGAGCACGCGAACGAGAAGCUAUUGGUCGACGUGUUGACUAGACUCAAAAACCAGCGCGUAGGCUCCGUGGGCUACAGAGUGCAAUUCGAGUUUCUUCACGCCUACCUUAAACAGUUGCUCGGCGCAAACGAAGCAGCAUAG